UCAUGUCAGAUCAACCUUUCAAAUAAAAAACCGAUAAAAAAAUAAAUAACAAGUAUAGCACAUCAUACAGAUUUAGCAAAAAAAAAAAAAUAUGUGUGAGGAAUAACAUAGAAAGAAUACAAUACACCAGUCACAGGGCAAACAAUAGAUAAAAAUCAGUUAUAAUAAUAGUUCACUUUUUGUCUGUGGAAAAUUAAGUGAUCAUUUCCUAAACAAAAAAAAAAUUUUUUUAACGAAUUUUUUUUGUUUAAAAAAUUAAAUGUAAUUAUUACACAAAAUAAUAUCAAAAUAAUAAAUACAUCAUCAUCAACACACGAAAAAAAAAUAAAAGAAGAAGUUACUCAUUUUAUCACAGUCAUUACAAGCGCAAUAAAAAAGUUUGUGUGUAACAACGAGCAGUUAGUGUUACUUUUUUGAGUAAUGAUUCAAAUUCAAUGAAUCGAAAGCACUUAAAUCGACAGUGGCAAAAAUUGAUUAUAUAAGUGUCCCGUUUAAAAUAUCCUAGAGGAUUAUUUUCAUUGUUACAUUUCGUGAAUUAGAAUUUUCUGUUAACGAAAAAAGACGGAUGUUCGCUCAAUAUCAGUUUCAUAGCAUUAUCCAUCAUAUCAGAUAAGGCAGCAGCAAAGCAAGGCAAGAGCGAAACCGACAAACAAUAAUCAAAGGUUUAUGUCGAAACAAGUACUGCCGUCGUUGUCGCCGUCAUCACAGCUUCACGCGAAAACGCAUCAUCUAGGUUACAUUUUAGCAUACUAUGCGGGAAGCUUUUCCCAGCUUGCCUUUUGAUACAAUUGACGAACACAAGGAAAACGAUACAAUCAUUAGUAAGGACGGUAGUGAGGCGCGUAAUAUCACGACCUCCAAACAACAAAUCGCCAUCAUCGGUUACAAUAACACCAUCACGCAAUCAACUUCUUCUUCUACCACAUCAGCGGCAGCAGCAGCAGCAGCAACUCGUACAGCAACGUCCGAUUAUGGAAAUAGUACCGGCACAAGCAAUGGCAAGGCUGGCAAUGUCGUCAUACAGCACCAACAAUCAGAGGGAUCAGCAAGCUCCGUGCCCGGCACGACAUCUGACGACAAGACGAACAAUAGCGGAGCUCCCGUGUCAGCGCUCCUUACACAUCUCCCGUUUCCAGGAGAGCUAGAAGAAUUACGUAACAUUUUACAUUUCCCCGAAGAAGUAGCACUGCGACUUACCGACUCGGAAUAUCAGCUCUUUUAUCAGGUUACUCCCUCGGAUUUUAUCAUAGAAGCACUAAAUGAUUUGCAAAAAGAGAACAAAGUUUCAUCGCAAUCUCUGGAAAGCACACAAGCAUUCACCGAGAUUAAAAAGAGAUUUGACGAAGUUUGCCUGUGGUCCAAAUAUACCGUCGUUUCGCAGCAAACGAUCGAGGAGAAGGCAGCAUGUUUCGCCUGUUUACUCCGAAUCGCAAUCACCUGUUGGAACAUUGGCAAUUUCAAUGCGUCUAAAGAGAUAAUUGAUGGCUUGAGAUCAAUUAAGCACGACCAGUUUUGGUUGUAUCUGCGUGAGAAGGGUGAAAUAUCCGUGUUUGAAUUCCUCGAAAACGCCUUCGAUACGACGAAUUACAUCAAUGCGCUGCAACGUGCCAUCGCGAUACCAACGUGUCGCGUCAUCCCGUACUACGACGUGUUCAUCCAAAUUCUCAAAACGAGCAUCGCCGCCGAAUAUCGGAGCUUCGUGGACUCGAUCAUGAUGUUGUCGCCGCGCAGUCCGAGCAGCAAGUCGCACGAAUUGUGGAAAGAAGAGGUGCGAAAAUGCCUGCCGGACGACGUGCACUUCAAUACGAAAAUUCUCGAGCCGUUGCGACGCGAAAAACACACGUUCCGAAGUAACAAUGUGGAUGCGCACACGGCAAUCGACAAAUUGCUCGCCAUCAAGCAUCAUCAGGCAGCGUUGACGAAAUUAGUGCCACAAAAUUUACUCGAUUAUUUGAGAUCCGAAUCAUAUCAGCCACGACAAGCGAACAAUCAGGCGGCAUCCCCACUUGACGACAUCGAAGAAGAAUACGAGGUUGAACUGGGUACAUACAAUCCGGUGCAGCCAAUUUUCAACGAUCACGGCAUUAGCAUCAUUCCCCUCUCAUCCAAAUGGAAUCCCGUGGACCAUCACAUACUGCAAGUGUUGCAUCAUGGCACCACUGCGGUGCUAUGGGAGCCCGAAAUCCCGGCGGAAAAGUCGUCUUACGUGUACCUGCGACUCGAACGUUCGUGCUCGGCGAUAUCGUGGCAUCGCGCUGGCUGGAAACAAAUAAAAUCACAACAAGAUUUUAAUCCGACAAUAAAUCCUGAAGAAAGUGUAGCUCAUCACGUAUCGAAACAUUUGCUGAACUACACCGACACAGAAUCAACGUACCAAACGUUAGAAGAGGGAUCACUCGACUUGAAUGCGGUGAAGGAAAUAUCAAUUGGGUCACGCAAUCAUGAGUUUGACGUGGAUAUCGUCGCUGCCGGGAGACGCUACGGUCUAACACAUGUUGAAUGCUGCAUAUCCGUGCUAUAUGGGAGUUCAAUUAGUGAUAAUCGCCUUUUGUGUAUAAUUUGUCCUCCGAUGUUGUGUCGUGUUUGGUAUGUUGGAAUUUCCUGGAUGCUGCGUGGCAUUAAGCGGCAACAAAAUUUAACGGAUCGCUCGCUGCUGUGGCUGAAGGAACUUUAUAUCCAGUUGUACUUUGAGAACAAUGGACAACCGCUUGUAGCUGAUGCCAUCAAGGCAUUCGGCGGCAAAGAUUGGAAACAAACAGCGAGUACGUUAAGUGCUGCAACGAAAUCGAACGAAGCCAUCGAUGUAAUACGGCGCGAAAACACGAUACGAUUGCGAAAGAAGAAAUCUGUCGCAAACAUCAUGAACACAAAUAGCAGUUCGAGUACGGGUAGUUCUCACGUGCUAAGCGACAUAUUGCCAAAAGAUGCCAAAACUAGGAGACGCGAGACAAAGGAGCUCGGUGAAAAUAUAUGGCAGAAAAUGAAAUUCCUGCGUGCUGGUUCUGUAGCUUACGAAACGCAAAUCGAUUUUAUGAGCUUUGUUCAGUUGUAUCGAUCUUUCAACAUUUCGGCUCGCAAAGACUUGCGUGACAUAUUUGAUCAGUUAUCGGUGACACGCAAGGCGAAGAUUGUGUUGUCCAGCGAAAAGAGUCGCAGCGCACCGGAACUCUGCCAUUUCCAGGGAAAACGAAAAAUCGGCCUCCUUACGCGUAACAACUCGCUCGAUUUGGAAAUUACCGAGUCAAAGUACACGCAAAAACGGAUUUUCGAUGAAAUUUGUUCAGCCAGUAUUCUAACUAAUUGUGCCGGAAUAGAUAUAAGCAAUUGCAACAAUCAUGUUAUCACACUGACAACGUUGAAGAAAUUUUUGGAAGUGCGACAGAUGGAAAUUAAGUCGGAAGAGGAAUUAAAAUUGAUUAUACAGCGUCACGAGCCGGAGCCUGUAUUGCGUUUAGAAAAUUGCUUAAGUUUCGAAGGAUUCGCUAGAUUUAUGAUGGACAAGGACAAUUAUGCAUUCAUAUCAGAACACAUUACGCCCGAAACCGCAACCAACAUGAAUUUGCCUCUGUCGAAUUACUACAUUGCUUCUUCCCACAACACAUAUCUCACCGGACAUCAGCUCAAAGGUGAAAGUUCGGUAGAGUUGUACAGUCAAGUUCUCCUCACGGGCUGUCGAUGCGUCGAACUUGACUGCUGGGAUGGCGACGACGGAAGUCCCCUCAUCUAUCACGGGCACACCUUUACGACUAAGAUAUCGUUUAGACAAGUAGUUGAAACAAUAAACAAAUACGCUUUUGUCAAGUCUCCAUUUCCUGUGAUACUGUCGAUCGAGAAUCAUUGUUCAAUGUCACAACAAAUGCGAAUGGCUCAAAUUUUUCAGUCCGUGUUUGGUGAUAAGCUUGUGACAAAAUAUCUGUUCGACACAGACUACAGUGAUGAUCCCGUUUUGCCUAGUCCUGCUCAACUAAAGUACCGAGUAAUUAUUAAGAAUAAGAAAUUAAUUGCGGAAGUACCACAAUCUAUAAGACCUUCAUCUUCUGGAAAACCAACUGCUUAUUUGGGAGGACGUACGAGUUCAAUUAUAUCGAAUACGAGUGCUGGAUCGCUGAAUGACGAUUUUAGUGAUGAUGACUACGAAGAAGAUGAUGAUUUUGAUGAAAAAUCUUAUCACUUCAAUUGGGGCAGUAUCGAUGAUCGCCAAUCGCGUCAAAGUUUAGCAUCAUCUUUUGUCAAUCUAACACCAACGAAACGCGGUGACUUUGACGACAAACCGAAAAAACGCAGUAAUCAAAUUGCCAAAGAGCUUUCCGAUCUUGUUGUUUACUUGCAAGCCAUCAAAUUUCGCGGACUCAAUCCUUACAUUGAGCAAAAGACGCAAUUAACUUCCGCACAAAUUGCUGCGAGUGCAACGCCAUCUCGCGGAUCACUUGUUACGGUCGGAAGUUUAUUGAAGAACUCGUCGGGCGAUUCGUUGACAACGGGCGGCGCCUAUGUUGCCGAUCAUUCAAGCGGAUACGAGUCAGAAAGCGGAACAACAAGUAGUGCUGGGCGAAAACACGCUGUGCCCAAUAUGUAUCAUCCGUGUUUCCAAUGUGCCAGCAUCAAUGAGGCGAGUGCCAAGAAGUUGUGUCGAAAGCAUCCGUUGGCGGUAAUUGCUCAUACGCGCACGCAAAUUGUACGAACGUAUCCUGCUGGCCUACGAAUCGACUCGUCAAACUUCAAUCCGGUGUUCUUUUGGGCAUUCGGCGUGCAAAUGGUUGCUUUGAACUACCAAACGGAAGAUGCCCCAAUGCACAUUAACAAGGCGAUGUUUGAGGAGAACGGGAAUGUGGGAUAUGUUUGCAAGCCGGAUGUCAUGUGGAACUCGAAACACUUGAUGUAUCGUCGCUUCAAUCCGCUGGAGAAGGAGUUUGAUGGACUGCAUACCGCUCAAAUCGUCAUAAACAUUGUGUCAGGACAAUACGUAAAUAUACAAAAGCCAACGUGUAGUGUCUACGUUGAAGUCGAAAUUAUUGGUAUACCUGUUGAUUGUUCAAAGAAGAAAACGAAAACUGUGAAGAAAAAUGCAUUUAACCCAAUUUGGAAUGAGACAUUCCGUUUCAAAGUUAACUUUUAUGAUUUAUCUUUUCUACGCUUUACCGUGAUGGAUUCCGAUUCGGGAUCGCUACUUGGUCAACGAGUACUUUCACUAAAAUGUCUGCGACCUGGAUAUCGGCAUGUACGUCUCAAAACAGCUACAAAUCAACCGUUGAACAUGUCCUCACUUUUCGUGUAUUCCAAAGUCGAGGAAGAAAAUUUCGAUCGGGUUGCCGGCGACAAUGAAAUUGUACAAUCAUCGAAUUUAGAAAACCUGUCAAUUAUCGAGGUUUUGUCGCAUCGCGAUAACACGGUAGCUCUGAAAAGAAAAAUGUUCUUCUUGACAGUUUAUGGCGUGAGUCAGGACGAACCGUAUCUCAUUCUAAAAAUAACGCAGGAAAGCACGACGCGCGACGUGAUUCUCCAAGCGCUUCACAAAGCUGGCAAACUCAAUCAAAAUCUCAAGGAUUUCGUGCUAGUUGAGGAAGUUCAUCGGGGAUGGGGAAAGAGUGAACGUCUUCUUCCGCCAACACAACGAGUUUUGGAUGUCGAUGAACGUCCCUUGCUUUCCCAGGCACAAUGGCGAGGCGAAGGUAAAUUCAUCAUAAAACAAAUCGGCACAGAUCCAAGUAGUAGAGCAUGGCUCACAAGCGUUCGAAACACCUUUGAACGUCGCAAUCACUUACCUGCAUCAAAUGACAGCCCAAACACCUCCACAGACCUGUCAUCGCUGGAAAAUGUCGAAAACUUUCUCGUUUGCAUCCAUAAUGUGUCGCAAGAUAUUCCUUACGCAAUACUUCGAGUUCCUAUGAAAGCCACGGCGCAAGACGUCUUGGCGCAGGCACUACUCAAAUCUCGCCGCAUGGACAAUCCAAAUAACUUUGUACUGGUAGAAGAAUUGGGAAAUCCAACAGAUUCGCAUUUCUCGCAGCGCCCUCUAUCCGACGACGAGAACAUCUACAUGAUCCAAGCCAAUUGGAAAGCCAUCGGGCGUUUCGUCAUCAAGGAACGCUCACAAAUUACGCCCUUUCCAACGCGAAAACAACGAUUCGAGAAACUCGGCAGGGGAUUUAGCUUGUCAAGACCAUCGCUGACGGGAUCUAUCGCAAAAACGCUGAGCGAUCCAACCACAAGUAAAAUUAACAAGAAAUCCGAUUCGAGUCAAGGUGCACAUCGCUUCUUUAAAUCGCGCGGCAAUCAAAGCAGUUUUGGCUCGUACUCGACAACGAGAAUACAAGAACGCGAAGUACACUCAGAGGGAGAAACGCUGAGCGACGAGGAAGCCAAAGAGACAGAUAUUAUCUCAACCAUGUCGCGACUCAAACGCAUGUCUAUCAAAAAACUUCGUUCGUGGAAAUCGUAA